UGCACUCAUGGAAAGUAUGGGCACAGUGCGGAGGUGCCCCGGGGGGCGGGGGGGGACACGCGAACUGGAAUAGAAUGGAAAGGGUUCCAAAAACAAACACUCCCAUCGUCAGUUUCUCCGGAGUGAAAACUCUCCACCAGCCACGUUAAAUAGAUUAAAAGGGUUUGAGGCAGUUUAUUUCAAGAUGGGCCGGGAAUAGCCAGCGAGCCAGGCAGCCAGGCAGGCAGUCGGUCAGUCAGCCACGAGUUCAGUGUCACAGCAUCCCCCCAGUUGCGCACCGUCAUGUCGCUGAGGCUCCUGCCCGCCAUCAUCAUGGACGACGACGACGACGACGGCAACUUCACCAAGUGGAUGAGCAGCUAUUGGGGACACGGACCUGAAGGAUGUGGCGGCGGUGGUGGUGGUGGUGGAGGUGCAGGAGGUGGAGGACACUCGCGCGAAAGGAAGCGAAGUUUUAGGAGACCUGCCAAGACCAGAGUUGAUAGAAGGGCAUCACUUCCCACUGUGUCUCAGCUAGACGCCAUGAAGCUGAACCGGUUGCACGCCGCCACCAUGGCGCCGGCGCCAAGCCAUGCCAAGAGCCGAGAGGAAAAGGGGGAGGUCAGACCCCCCCAGGGGGCUCGGCGGACCGCUUCGGACGACAACGGACGCCCCAAGUCGGCCGUCCCGGAGAACCGCAUCGGCACGAUCCCGGAGCUGGCAGAAUCCUUCCAAAAUAGACUUUGUCUUCAAGAUAACUGCAGCUUGUCACUGAACGACGACGUCAAGCUGUGUCUGCUGUGUCAUGACAACAAGUACAAAAGCGGCGGCGGGGGCGUUCAAGAGCCGCACUGUGCACACGCCUUCCACAAGGAGGCCGCUCGCAGGUCCGGGCCGUGCGCCCCGCUCGGCGAUGGCGGCGAGAUGACGGCGGCCUGCCUGGUGAGGAGUCUCCUGAGCGGCAGGAGGAGGUCGGCGGACGAGACACAACAACAAAAACAACAACAACAGCAGCAGCAGCAGUACACGUUCCGGCGGCAGCUUUCUCUGCGCAGGCACCGCUAAAUUCUCGCCUGAACUCUGCAGUGCGAAUUCGUCAGUGGCGAGCCGUGCAUUUUCUCCCCCUUCAGUGGGGAUAAUCCACCUCUUAAUACCACCACCACAACAGGUCACGAUUAUUAUAAACCAUCAAUACUUUACAAAAAUACAAUGUAACGGCACGCGACACUGCCACGUACAUCAUCUGAAGAAGUGGGGGGAAAAAAAACCACACAAUAUAAAAAACAAAAAACAAAAACAUGAUACUCACCAGGGAUGCUCAUUAUUCAAUUAAAGUGUUCAGAUCGUUUGAUUAGUAGGUACAGAAACAGUCCAAUUGCUCAUUGUUGAAGGUCCACGGGCCAGGACGGCUGAUUGUGAAGGCGCUGGGCAGAUUAGAGUGACACGGCAACACAAAAAGGUUGAAAUCUUAUUGGACAAAGACAUCUGGCACCCACGUAUGCACUGGAAUCAGUGCAGCCAAGACAAACACUACCAAAUGAAGAGACUAGACUGUGAAUAAAUUCAUCGAACAAAUAUUUGAAUUUAAACCCUGACCCCUAUUCUACAGUGUAUAUUUCUACUGUUCAUUUUCACUUUAAUAGCAUGUUUCAGUGUUAAAUUGUGUCUAAUAAUUUGUGUCCCCUGUUGUUCACUCCCAGUUCAGUGUUUGUGUUUGGUGCUGUAAAGAGAAGAAUAAAAAAAGUCAGUAAAAUGCCCACGUUCAAGUUAACCAGGAGAAACUGCUUGACUUUAUCAGCAGCCCCCGAAGCGAUGCCUCAAAACUGCCACGUCAGAGCUGAGAUUUGAACCCAGAACCUUUUGAUUGUAAGGCACCGGGGCUAACCACUUUUCUGCCAGCUAUUCUACCUACACUAUUAAUAAUAAUAAAAAAAUGAUACACUGAUAUGAGUGACUGAGUCACUCAUUCCCUACUCCCUAAUUACUAUACAGGCAUUGUUCGUGGACUUUUUUUUUGGUAGACUAUAUAAGCCACCUUAUAAAAAGAAGCCUAAAAAGUUAAAUACAACUUAACUGUUCUUAGGCAGCGAUUCUUUCCUUUGCUAUUUUCGGAUAAAUUCACUCAUUCCCUGCCCCACAAACACGACAUAGGGAUUUUUAGUGGGCUUUUACAUAGUCUACUAUGUGAAAAUGUCAUUAUAAUUAUUAGGGAGUAGUGAUCGUGAAUGAUUCUCAACACAGCCCAGUUCAUAUAUUAUUACUUUAAAGUAAUAGUUUCUCUGUAUUCCCGUUAUA